CAGUAAUCAAGGUAAUUGAUGGCAUGAAAUUCCUGAAUUCGGUUCAAAUUAUUCAAUAUUAGAUCGAAGUAUCAAAGAUAACGUGAGAUGAUGGGAGAUGCACCUAGCCCCUCGGUGUUGUACUUUAAUCCAAAGAAAUCUACAGAAAAUUUUGCCCGACUCUGUCAGUUCCUGGUGACAAUCUGUUGUGACGUCAUGCGGGACAUUCUAUGUCAACAUAUAAAACCUGCCAAUUUAAGAAUGGAAUUGGACAAAAAUAAAUCAAAAUUAGAAAAAAUAACGAAUAAACAGGAAAAAGACUUGCUGUAUCCUCCACAUUCAUCUUCCAGUAGUGUUCCGCAAAUAAGAUUCAGAGAUCUGGAUUUAUCAUUACUCUACAAGAUUUUGCGCAAUCUAUGCAAUAUUCCGACACAUAUAGCUGGUUGGGGAAAUCCACCUCGUCAAUCAGACUUUUCUUUAGCUGCAUGUAUAGAAAGGAUCCGCAUUUUACGUAAUUCCAUCUCUGGACACUCUACCAAUGGUACUGUUGAUGACAUGGAGUACGAGGAUUACUGGAGAAAUUUAAGGACUUCGGUCGUGGAGAUUGAGAGAGAAGUCACCGGUAGCGAUAGAUAUGAAAGAGGAAUAGACCAUUUAUAUGACUGUGAUUUGAACCCGACCAAAUCCAAGGAAUAUGUUGACGAAAUUAGGAGAUGUUCAGGAGAAAUGAAAAUUAAAAGAGAAAGAAUUUAUCUUGUUGAAGAGGAAGUAGAGACUAAGAGAGUACGACUUGACACAAUAUAUGAAAGACAAGCAGUUUACGAGGACAGUAAUGUAAAAUUCAAAGCAAAUGUAGAGGCCAGAUUAACUGAGAUUGCUGAGAGUCUAACAGCUAUUAAAUCUGAGACGUGUUUGCUGAAAGGGUUGAAAACGACAGAGUCGAUAUUACAACACGACAAGGGUUUGUCAUCAAAUAGUAAUAGCAUGAGUAUUCUUGAUGAGAUUAUUACGAGUGAUACAACAACAUACACAAUAAGCAAAUCAACAACAACCAUUAAAUUUAAUUCUGCUUUACCUGGAAUGGCACCCGUCUCUCUAUUCUCCAUGCAUUCGACAAUAAACAACAAAUGUUGGCUGUUGGUUCCUCAUACCUCACCCAAGUCGCCACUUUUGCCUGAUACACUACAGUGUUCGAGACUGUAUCUUCUCAGUGACAUCGGUGUUAUCAAAGAAAUCAAAAUACCAGAGGAAUACGACAUUGGAUUAAUCUCAACUCAGGUUAAGGCCAAUGAAGAGAGCGAGGCUGUGUUUGCUUAUAAACAUUCAUUAGUAGCUAUUGGUGAGAAUGGUGUAUUCCGCAAGAUGUUUGAUUUUGAUGUGACGUAUAAACACAAAAGUAUAUGCCGUAUGCAUUCUGGUAACUAUAUCAUAACUAAGGUUCAGACAUAUCCAAUAUUCAAUGAAUACAAUAAUGAAGGAUCUCUCCUGAGUAGUUGGGAAUUACCUGAAGACAUAAGAUUACAGCAUUCUUACUUGAGAGUAUAUCAAAAUAGUAACAGAGACAUGAUUCUCACGAAUCAUCACCCCUUUGGCAUUACCAAACAUUUAUGCAUUGAAGAGGAAUUUCGUAAUGUCAAAUGGACUUUGGAAUCGGAAGAGCAAGGAAUAAUUAUCCCGGUUUUGAACAAAAAAGGUGAGUUUCUUUAUGGACAUGGACGGUCCAUUGACUUAAUGAACAGUGAAGGUGAAAUUGUCGAUACCAUUUAUAAAACACCAAAAGAUGUUAAGAUAAGAAACCUUGCUUACAGCAGUAAUGGAACGAUAUGGGUCUUGUACAAUUCUUCUGAAAUUGACAUAUUCAAAGUGGAAAUCCCUAAAAUCCUUUCUGACGAUAAGGGAUUUGGUUGUGUUCAUAAAUGA